UCAGCCAAGUCACUGCCAUCCGCAUCAGAUUUCUUGCGCUAAGAAGGAGCAGUGUUAGAGCAGAGGGUGAAGGAGCUGUACGGAGACGAGACUCUGAAGAAAUAUAACGACACAACGCGACACAAAGCCGCCAAGUUACGACGCAACUAUGGAAAGAGCGAUGUCGGGACUGUUCUGGAUUUGCUGCACCUUGCUUGCUGUGGUGCUUCAAGUAUGUUUGGCUUCAGUCACAGUCAACGUGAAUCCCGAAGUGCAAGUUCUUAAAGGAGAUACUGUCAGGCUGCCCUGUACCUACACCACCUCUGCAGAGGCUGCGGUUGUGGUCCAGUGGUUUAUUGAAUUCGCUGAUGGAAGCAGAAAGCAAGUUGCUUACAAGUCCACCGUAGGCAUUGAUGCUGGAACGGUGACAGAUCGCUAUGCCAUAGAAAAGGACAUGUCCCUCACUAUCUCCCAAGUCACAGUGGACGAUCACAAAAAAUUUAUCUGCCAAGUGACCGCAGGGCCCGUGGGCAGUGCUGAGUCUGCCACCAAGGUCGAGGUUUUCUCUGCUCCAGAGAAGCCAGUGGUAGCGGCCAAUCCUCAGAACAUCUUUGUGGGUCCCAGCAUUUUAUCCUCGUCUGAGGUGGGCAAGUGCAUCAGCAGGAAUGGUCAUCCUGAGCCUCGUAUUAUCUGGUUUAAAGACGACAACCCUCUGCCUGAAGAAAAGAAAACAACAGAAAAAACAUACAUGCUACCUUUUUUGGUGAAGGAAGCCUCAGGCCUGUACACCAUGACCAGCACGCUGUACAUGCACCUGACGAAAGCUGAUGCUAAAUCAGUCUAUCACUGCACAGUGGAGUACGCCAUGCCAGACUACCAGAUCAAACAGGAGAGCUCCGAUAACUUCAACAUCUCAUUGCAAUAUUCAGCAGAAAACGUCUUCUUCAAAGUGAAGAAGGGAGGACCAAUCAAAGAGGGCGAUGAUGUGGUGAUGCAGUGUGAGACUGAUGGAAACCCUCAGCCAGAGUUUGAUUUUUACAAAGAGGAAGAACCAAGGGAUGGAUUGGGAGGCACUUUGAAAAUAAAGAACAUCACUCGGAAGGAUUCUGGAACUUAUAAGUGUGAAGCUUUGGAUUUUGAUGCUGACAGCAAAGUCCAACUUUCUAAAACUCUAAACAUAAACGUGCACUAUAUCGACAUAACAGUGGAACCAAAAGAGCCCUUGGUUGUUUCUAAAGGAGAUUCUGUGGAGCUUCAGUGUAAGGCCAGCACUUCUGAAGCUCACACCCUGCAGUGGACAAAGGACUCGAAGGAGCUGUCAAACACUGGUGUGUUCACUAAGGAGUCUGUGACUCUGGCUGAUGGUGGUGUGUACGUGUGUGUCGGAACUAUACCUUCAGUGCCAGGUCUCCAAAAACAAGUCAACAUCACCGUAAACGUCAAAGGUCAGCCUGAGAUUGAUGCUCCAGUCAAUGGUUUGGUUGAUAAGGAGGGUGCGAUGGUCACUCUCAACUGCUCUGCUCUCGGUCAUCCUGCUCCACAAUUCACCUGGACACCUUCUGGCAAAGAGUCGGUGACAGUAAAAGGGAACAGGGUGAUCAGCACAGUCACUCUUGAGGCCACGGCUGCAGUUCUGAAGGAUGGUGUGAUUUGUGAAGCUUACAACACUCAUGGAAGAGACAGCAAGAACUUCAAGGUGUCCAAAAAGCCAGAUCCAGCAGAACCCACAGUUGCCAAUUCUAACCGAGGAAAUCCCGAGUUUAAAACAGCGGAAAGAAAGCUGGGCGGUUCAAGUUCUGUGGUGAUCGCUGUGGUGGUGUGUGUCCUGCUGCUGCUCAUCCUGGUGGCUUCGCUCUUCUUCCUUAAUAAGAAGGGCAAACUGAGCUGCGGGAAGAAGGACAAGAAGGAAGUGGCUUCUGGAGGAAUGAAAGAUAAUAUUGUGGUGGAGAUUAAGCCUACUGAUAAAAGCAAGGAAGAAGCUGGUCUGCUAAAGCCUGCAGAACAGUGUUAAAACGAAGAAGAGACACAAAGGAGAGAGACUAACAAGAACAAGAUCUCCAGGGAUGUAAAGGAGGACAUGUUGGAAUUUAGAGUAUUCUGAUGGAGGAUGAGAGAGAAGAUGGAGGCAAGAGAAGAUAAAUUCAGUUUAGCUGUACAGUUUUUUCUUUUUUUGUAGGAGGGGCUGUGAUUUUUGAACUGUGGGUGGGUUUCAGUUUAGAAGUGGGAGGGGCAAUACAUGUAAAUCUGGCAUUAUUUUGAUAAGGGUAUCUACUGUGUCCUAACUGUGUAAUCAAGCCAAUCUUUGUCCAGUCUGAAUGAUUGUACAAAGCUCAUCUUGAGUGUAACUUAAAGCAGUUUCACCCAAAACAAAUCAAAAAAAAGACUGUGGACACUGGAUGUUGCGUUCCCUCAUACUGCACUGCACCCUGGUUAUGUCAGUUGUUCAAUAGUAAAGUACAGACUCUUUUAUGCAUUCACACUGCACUCACUGUGCACAUGUUUGAUUGUAAACUGCACUCAUGUCAUUAUCCAGAGUAGUAAGCCCUACAGACCAUUGUACUCUUUGCUCAUAACCUGCAUGAAGCAUUUGUGGAUGUACCAUACACACACCGUCCCUUCAGUGCUGGUAAAAUGAUCAUGCUUUAUCAUUCAGAUCAGCUUUUGUACAGUCAAAAAUUCAUACUGCAAAAAAAUAUUUUCUUACUUUGAGUUUUUAAUCUUGUUUCUAGACCAAAUAUCUAAAAUUUCUCAAAUCAAAAAGCAUUUUCUGAACUAGUAAAAAACAUUGUGUUGUUGUCAGAAAUAAUUUGUCAGAAUUAAGUCAGUUUUUUCUUAAAAUAAUCUUGAAUAACCCAUUUAGUAAAAUAAAUGUAUUUUAAGUAAAAUAGUAUUUUGCUUACCCAAUUGGCACAUUAUUUUGCUUGUUUUAAGAAAAAGCUUAACAUAUUGACAUAUUAUUUCUGAAAACAAGACUUUUUACUUGUCAAAUUGUUAGAUGUUUCUUAAUUUAAGGAUUUUUCGAUAUUUGGAAACAAGACUAAGUAAUUAAGAAUAAGUAAUAAUAAGAAUAAGUAAUUAAGAAAACUUUAUUUUUUUUGCAGUGCAUGUUUACCCUUCAGAUAUGUUAGACCCUGGCCUAAAUACCACACCACAAAAUCCUACACUUUUAUAUUUCGAGCUAAAACCAAAACCAGUGGUGCCACUAACAAACAAACAAACAAACAAACAAAAUGUCUGAGAAUCACUCAGAAACCGUGUAGCUCAGGUCUGAGAGUAGUGGAAUUGAACUAACUGGAUCAUCUCAUUUCCUUUGAACUGCACUGAACUCUGUUUGACAGCCCAAACACGUUCACAGACCUCAGGCUGACUGUGUAAUUAUGAAACAUGGGUUAGCAAUGGGACAGGUCAGGCCUAGCUUCUUUAAAAUGGCUCCUGACAGUACUAAGCAUGAUUGUUUUAUAUAUGCUCACCUUCACCUUUCUUUUCAAAUAUUCAAGUGCUAAAACGUAAUGGGGAAAUAUCUAUGUAAUGAGCACAAAUUAUAAUGCACACGCUGUCCCUAUAUACCUUUCUGCCUUUUUUAACGAAAGCUAUUCAUAUCAAGUAGAUUGUCAUUAUUUAUAUUUAGG